AUACGAAAUAUUAUAGUUGAUAGACUUCUGGCCCAUGCAUGUAAUGACUUGAGAUCUCUAGCACAUCGAUCGAGAAAAGUUGACUCUUUGAAUUCUCUUCUUUGUGUUCACACACUCGAGCUCUCUCUUGAAAACAGAAACUGAGCAAAAGAAGAAUAGGUAUAAUAAUGAAAACAAGAGCUUCUUCAACUAUGGUGAUUUCCAAGCAGAUUCCUUCAGGUAAUAAUAUAAACGUAACCUUAACUGCUGGAUCACCUUGUAUAUUAAGGCAUCCCUUUUCUCUCAAACUUGGCUCUUCCAUCUUUACUUUUCUCCGCGGUUUUAGUUACAUGAACCAAAAUCAAGGAGGAAAAUGGUUUUUUCUCAAAGAUUAUCAAUCAUCUACUUUGUUUUCACCUUUGCCAUAAUUUUUGUAGCAUCAGCAGCUGAUCCUAGGCAAUUCCCCUUUACCACAUUCAGUGAAAAAACUGACCAAUCUAUAUUCCAUUUCACGGGUUAUUCAUCCAUUGAUCAAGGGGCACUUCAGUUAACCCCAGACUCAGAGAAUGCAGAGGUCAGCUAUUCUAACAAGUCCGGCAGGAUCAUGUAUCACAAACCUUAUACACUCUGGUCAUCUGACAAUGAAGACGAUGAUGGUGUUGCCUCCUUCAACUCAACUUUCCUCAUAAACAUCUAUCGUGAAAAAGACUGGAUUGCUGGUGAGGGGUUUGCUUUUCUUAUAGCGUCGGAUUGGAACAUGCCUGAGCAAAGCUAUGGGCAGUGGCUAGGCCUCACCAAUGCCGCCACUGAUGGUAAUGCUACAAACCACAUGGUUGCCAUAGAAUUCGACACAAGAAAGCAAGAUUUCGACCCCGAUGACAACCAUAUAGGCCUCAACAUCAACUCUGUAAGAUCAAGUAAGACUGUUUCUCUUGAGCCUUUCGACAUUGAGAUAUCACCGGAGGUAGGCACCAACUACACCGUGUGGGUGCAAUACAAUGGCAGCUCAAAAGUCAUUGAAGUCUACAUGGCUAAGCGCAUCAUAAACAUCCCACCAGUAAGGCCGGAGACACCGCUUAUGAGGGAGCCAAUAAACUUGAAACAAUUUCUAAAACAAGACUCCUACUUUGGAUUUUCUGGUUCCACAGGAAGCCCGGCUAAACAGCUAAACUGUGUUUUGGAAUGGAAUCUAGUGGUUCAUGAAUUCAAGACCAGAAAGGAUAUGACUUUGUUGAAGAUCGGUGUGCCAGCAUUGGUUUUGUUAGCAGUAUUUGGUGUUAAUUUGGGAGUUGGGUAUGUCAAGAAGAGGAAAAGAACAAGUCUUGAGGAGUCCAUUGUGCUCGGGACACUGAAGAGGUUGCCAGGGAUGCCGAGGGAGUUCAAGUACAAAGAGCUCAAGGAUGCAACUAAUAAUUUCCACGCGAGUAUGAUCCUGGGACAAGGUGGUUUUGGCGUUGUUUACAGAGGGACUCUGCGUGAUUUUGAUGAUGCAAAUGCUACUAAUGAGUCUGCAGAAAUUGCUGUCAAGCAAUUCUCAAGAGAUAACAUCAAGGGCAAAGAUGAUUUCAUGGCAGAACUAACCAUCAUUCACCGCCUUCGCCACAAAAAUCUUGUCCGGUUAGUAGGAUGGUGCUAUGAGAAAGGAAAGCUUCUUUUAGUAUAUGAUUUCAUGCCAAAUGGUAGCGUUGAUAGGCACCUAUAUAAAGCUUCAAACCAGAAUACACUCAAUUGGGAGCAUCGAUGCAAGAUCCUAGCUGGUGUGGCGUCAGCUUUGCAUUAUCUGCAAAAUGAGUAUGAUCAAAAAGUGGUGCACCGUGACCUCAAAGCUAGUAAUAUAUUGCUUGACUCUGAGUUCAAUGCUCGCCUUGGAGACUUUGGCCUUGCCCGAGCCUUGGAACAAGAGAGGAACUCGUAUGCUGAACUAGAACUAGCAGGAGUUGCUGGUACCCUGGGCUAUGUUGCUCCAGAGUGCUUCCAUACAAGGAAGGCUACUCCAGAAUCUGAUGUUUUCGGUUUUGGGGCAGUUGUGCUUGAAAUUGUGUGUGGGAAAAGUCCUGGGAUUCAGAUUAUUCAUGGACAACACCAGUUUUCUUUGGUCGAUUGGGUGUGGAUGUUGCAUCGAGAAGGGUGUAUUGAGGAAGCUGUCGAUGAGCGACUGAACAGUAAUUACGCGUUGGAUGAAGCAAAGAAGCUUUUGCUUCUUGGGUUGGCGUGUUCACAUCCUAUUGCUAGUGAGCGGCCUCAAACACAAGCCAUAUGCCAGAUUAUAUCUGGAACCAUGUCAGUCCCUAGUGUGCCUCCAUUCAAGCCUGUUUUCACAUGGCCUUCCAUGGGUACUGCAUAUAGCAGCACUGACAGUACAGUUUCUAACAUCACUCUUUCUAGGAUCACAGUAUCUCUUAGUUAAUUCUCUUUAAGCUUAUGGGAAUGGGGUUAACCAGACAAAAUGAUCAGUGAAAUAUUCUCCUGUCACCAAUAGGAUUGGGGAUUUGUACAGAAACCAAAAUGUUUAGUAUACAUAAUGGACAGGAGUGCUAAUGUACUAUGGAUUUUCUUGACUCUACCUCAAAAAUCAAUCAACUUUAUAUGUCAUAACAGUAUAACACCA